CCGGCACUCGGGCGCGCGUCACAAGAUGCCAUGUGGCGGAGGGACCGAUACCGCGGGAGGACGCCUAAGUCUUCACUCUGAUCUGCGACUUGAAGGUUCCCGGAUCUGUCGCGCGCACCUCCUCACGACGUCCCCGACGUCCCCGACGUCCGACGUCCGACGUCCGGCGGCUCGCGCGCGGAAGCUCGCCGGGAGAAAUCGGAAAGGGUGAAAACUCGCGCGCCGAGAUUCUUCCGCGCGCGCUGGACCUUCCGCGACAUUUCGCGUGGAGUGCGCUCUCCUUGGAGUACCCUCCCAAUGGUGGAAGAGAGUAGUGCGGCUUAUUGUUUCGCGCUUCAUCCUCCGCGCAGUCUCCGUAGAUCUCGCUAGACGAGAGCGCGCCGUCGCAGCCUCUCUUUAUCUCCCUUUCUCUUUUGCGCGCGCGCGCGCGCGCUCGCACGCUCGCGCGAAAUCGCGGGUUUAUGUAUGCGCGACGACGACGACGUCUACGUCGUCACGCGUGUGACCGUUAUCGUCAAGACUAGACAAGAUUAGCGGCCGGGCAUUCUUCGCGUGGUGUGUUCGGGUAAACUCUGUUCUUCAGUUAGCCCUCCGUGAGAUCGAUCUCGAUUUUGAUUUACGACUGGUGUCCCCCCCCCCUCCCCCUCGGGGUUGUGCGCCGCUCAUCGUGCAAAGUGAAGAGAGAAAAAGGAACAGGAAUACAAGGCAACGGACAAGUAAAGGAGUAAGUCCUGAGUGACUUGAACGUGGCAAGAGAGUGAGAGCGGGGGUGGGUCCUUUACGGUUUCAGCGAAUCGGAGCAGAAGAUUUCGCAGCGCGCCCCGGACGGAAUUGACGCGGCGACCCGGAGACGACACGAAGAAUUUAAGAAGGAGUUAACGCCGACACUAUCAAACGCGUCCCUGUCUUCGUCGCGACACCGCUGAUUCAUUAUUCCAGCGAGGAGGGACAAAGAGAGGGAAAAGUAAGUCCGUUAUUGCGGCGAGUGGAGUGGAGAGCAAACACGCCGUCGGCGGCGGGUCAUCGUCGCUUGAUUCCGCUUCUGAGCGGAAUCUAACUUCCUCAUCUUUACACUCGCAAACGGCCGUCUGACGAUCUCUCGAGGGAUUCGUAUCUUCCGGCUAGCUCCGGCUCAGACAGAGUUGAGAGACGAGAAACCCGAGGAAAGCCGUGUAUCGAUCGCGCGAAUGUCGACGAGAAGUCGGGCGACCAGCACUCGCGGAUGAUGCCGCCUUGAGGACACCUCGGAUCCAGCGACCAUUCCGCACGAAGCGAUCGCGAGUCCGCAAGACCGCCGGUCGACAGCUUCGCUCGUGAUGAGCUCUCGCGAGGGUGACCGCGCGGAUGUUCCGAGCGCUUCGGGAACUGUCUCACGGCGAUCGAGGUGAAGUCAGAGCAACAGUGGAGCGGAGCGAAAGAUCUCCUCCGACAAAUCGCGUGAAAUGAUGACCCUCGUGACAGACGCGGUGCCUUACGGUUACGAGACGGUGACGAGGCCGCCUUACGACGGUUACCGUCAUCAUCAUCUGCACCACCACCACCACCACCACCAUCAUCGGUACCGGCGCGUCUACACGCCGACGGAGCCCGAGUACCUGCAGAGUUACGUCUCCAGGAGGGACACGGACGAUCGCGCAAGAAUCGUCGGCGGUAACAACGCGUUGACCGCGGCGGUCGCCAGUCCGUUGAACUAUCGCGAUCGCAGCGAUCGCAUCAGGUCGCAGUCCCGCUACACCCUCGACUCGGACGACGCCUCGUCGGUGAUAUCGGCAGACGCCUCGGCUGACCUCGAGUCCGGCUCCGCAGACGCCGACGAGACCAACGAGACCAACGAGACCGGCGAGACCAACGAGACGAGCGAGGCGAACGACGGCGAGUCGAUCGAGCACGUGCCGCAUCCGCACGUUUUAGACGCCGGCUCGCCGCACGGCCCGCGCAGAUGUCUCCUGUGGGCCUGCAAGGCCUGCAAGAAGAAAACGGUCACUGUCGAUCGAAGGAAAGCGGCAACCUUACGGGAGAGACGCCGCUUGAGAAAGGUUAACGAGGCGUUUGAGGUGCUCAAGCGGAGAACCAGCAACAAUCCUAACCAGCGUUUACCGAAAGUGGAGAUACUGCGCAACGCUAUCGAGUACAUUGAGAGCCUCGAGGCAUUGCUGCAAGGUAACCGACCCUCCGGACAUCAGGAUCAUCCUUCCACCGAAAAUAUGAAUGGAGAGUCACCGCAGUACGUGACGGACAGACUUCGGCAAUUUUCGGAUCCUUUGGCAAGGUUUCAACCAAUUAACGGUUUCGAGCAGGCCGAGACGUUGUCCGCGCAAAGCAACGGCAGCAGCUUGGAUUGUCUCAACAUGAUCGUGCAGAGCAUCAACGGGCCCCUCCAACCGCCCCCUGACGCUCAUUACUCCACGCAUCAUUGAAGUCUGCACGGUACCGAUAUUUAAUUCUCUGUCGGGACGGCCUCUUCUGUUCCCCUUUGAUUCUCACGACGGCGACUCACGACGCGACGCUCACGGUGCAUCUCUCGAGUGAAUGCAUAAAUACAGCCAAAGACUCGGCUAUUCUCGCGCAGAAUAGCCCCGCCGCGUUACACACAGAGCGCUUCAGGAAUUGUCGAAAGUGUACUUUUAUCGAUCCGCGACUCUCGGGGUAAACGACCGCCAUUCGAAGUCGCUAAGUCGAUAAUUACGCGAAUAUUAUGUCUGAAAUUUAUGAUUCAAAGCCUUAGGGCGAAUCGAGUCUCAGGAGGGUGAGUAAAAAUCGAUUUCGAAACGGAACAUCGUUUUCUUAUUAGUCUCUACACCGAGGUAUUUCUUCUCCGACAAAGAUUUUCCUCCAGUUUGAUUUAUUUUUAUGGCGACAAACGACGAUUGUUUUCAAGAAAAUGAGGAAAAGUCGACUGUGAAUCUGAAGAGCUUCUAGUCUGAAAAGAGACGCAUACUACCUCUCUCUCUCUCUCUCUCUCUCUCUCUCUCUCUCUCUCUCUCUCUCUCUCUCUCUCUUCCUUUCUGAAACUCCGUGUAUAUUCUCACCGGCCGGUAUGCCGGACAUAUUCGCGCAAAUUUUCAUCGAAGCGAGGAUUACGGAUGUCGCGAGGAUUAACAAGCGCGGAAUAUUCGACGGAGUUAUGCAGAUAAGUUUGUCCGAUCGUUGUCGACAGAUCUAUGCGAGAUAUUGGAAGCGCCAUAAAAUAGUGAAAUAUUUUAUCUAUACCAAAGGAGAAUAUUUUUAGAGAUAAUUUUAACCUGUGCGAGCGGAGCACAGAUAUUGAGCACUUAAGAUAUAAGUAGGUACCACGCGGAGCAGGUGAGGGAACGUGAAAAUCCGCGGCAGGAGAUUGUAUUUUUAAACAAAUUUCAAAAAUCGAUUUCGCCGUUGUAAAAGUUUGGCAGGAAGUUAUUAUCCGUCAGCGAUUCUACAAUUAUCGCUUUUUAAGUGUCCAAGUCCAAGAAGUUAAAUCGCUUUUGAAUGAAAUUUUUGCAUUAGAAGGUAAUGAAAAUUUUUUAAUUAUUAAUCAGGAAUUAUUAUCAAUUAUUAUUAAGAUCGAGACACCAUCAGGAGAAUGUUUCCAUCUUUUCUCUCGAGUAUAACUAGAAACCUCGUGAUUCUAUCGUCAUUGAAAAAUUAUGUAUUUAAAUAAACCGCAAUGUUCGAAGGUAUUCAUCUAUUUGAUGUGGAUUUCUAAGGAAGAUUAAUCUUUAUACUUCUGCUUUUGUCAAUAGUCAAUCGUGGUAAAUGCGACAUGCGAAACGACGCAAGCGCCAAAAGUAUCAUCGGUCACGCUUUAAUCUUUAAUUUAUUUUCAGUGUGAUAUAGCGCGUAUUCCUUUCUUUCAGUAUUUUCACCAUUGUAAUUGCAACGCGCACGCACACACACACACACACACACACACACACACAAACACACACUCUCUCUCUCUCUCUUUUUCUCUCUCUCUUUUGUAUAGAACUUUUUCUUAAUUAUUCGAGGCCACCGUCGCGCCACGUUUACAUCGUUUUGCAUUUCCAAGCCCGAAAUCACGAGUCCAGUUUUCGACGUGGCGAAUGAUUGCCUUUCAAAAGUUUUACGAGAGACGUCUGCGUCUCUCGCUUAACGACUCCCACAAGAACAAAUCGCCAGACUUUUUAUGCGCCUACGAGUGAGCGAGCGAGCGAGUGAGCGAGCGAGCGGCCACAUUAGUGUGUCAGCGAGCUUUGUUGACACCGCGAUGAUGUAAAUAUGUGGAAUGAUGAAACAAUAAAGUGAGGAGUAACAGAA